CCGGCGGGAGCGGAGCCGCGGCUCGCGCUCGCCCGGGACGCCGGCCGCCCGCCCGCCCGCCAGCCCGAGCGAGCGGCCCGGGGCGUCGAGGGGGCCCGCGCCGCGCCGGGCGCCGCCGCCCUGGCCGCCAUGUGCUCCCAGCUCUGGUUCCUGACGGACCGGCGCAUCCGCGAGGACUACCCUCAGGUGCAGAUCCUGCGCGCUCUCCGUCAGCGCUGCUCCGAACAGGACGUGCGCUUCCGGGCGGUGCUCAUGGACCAGAUCGCCGUCACCAUCGUCGGCGGCCACCUCGGUCUUCAGCUGAACCAGAAGGCGCUUACCACUUUCCCAGACGUGGUGCUCGUGCGGGUGCCCACACCCUCAGUGCAGUCAGACAGCGACAUCACCGUCCUGCGCCACCUGGAGAAGCUGGGCUGCCGCCUGGUCAACCGCCCACAGAGCAUUUUAAACUGUGUCAACAAGUUCUGGACUUUCCAAGAGCUGGCUGGACAUGGGGUUCCUAUGCCAGACACCUUCUCCUAUGGUGGGCAUGAUGACUUUUCCAAAAUGAUCGAUGAGGCUGAGCCCCUGGGCUACCCGGUCGUGGUGAAGAGCACACGAGGACACCGGGGAAAAGCUGUUUUUCUUGCAAGAGAUAAACAUCACCUCUCAGACAUCUGCCAUCUGAUCCGCCAUGAUGUGCCCUACCUGUUCCAGAAGUAUGUGAAGGAGUCACAUGGCAAAGACAUCCGGGUGGUGGUGGUCGGGGGCCGGGUGAUAGGCUCUAUGCUCCGCUGCUCCACAGACGGACGGAUGCAAAGCAACUGCUCUCUUGGCGGUGUGGGUGUCAUGUGCCCGCUGACAGAACAAGGCAAGCAGUUGGCUAUUCAGGUGUCCAACAUCCUGGGCAUGGACUUCUGUGGCAUUGAUCUCCUCAUCAUGGACGAUGGCUCCUUUGUGGUGUGUGAGGCAAACGCCAACGUCGGCUUCUUAGCCUUCGACCAGGCAUGCAAUUUAGAUGUGGGUGGCAUCAUCGCGGACUAUACCAUGUCCUUGCUGCCCAAUAGGCAGACUGGCAAGAUGGCUGUCCUCCCGGGACUGUCCAGUCCCAGGGAGAAGAAAGAGCCAGAUGGCUGCACUUCAGCUCAGGGAGUUGCAGAGAGUGUCUACGCCAUCAACAAUGGGUCUACCUCUAGUGAGAGUGAGCCUGAACUGGGAGAGAUCCGGGAUUCCUCAGUGAGCACAGCGGGGGCCCCGCCCCCCAUGCUGCCUGAACCUGGCUACAACAUUAACAACAGGAUUGCUUCAGAAUUAAAACUUAAGUGAAUUCCUGCUUUUUGGGCAGCAUUUAAACCAAAUCCUACUGCUUCCCUAUAGUUUUGAGUGAAUAAAAUCUGGACUAAUGUGAUUUCAUUUGCACAGAAACUAGAAAUCCCAUCUGGGCACUCAGCAUUCUUUCUAACGAUGAUUUAAGCAAACGGCUUAGCUUUGUGGUUUUUACAAAGACUAACCUAAAGACACUCACCACAAGCAACAUCCCGACUGAUCAACUUGAGACCGAUGUCUGCUGCGAGCACUUGGAUAUACGGCUGACUUUUAAGGCGCUGACUCUGUCCUGCUGCUUCUGGCUGUGAUCAGCAGAGCCCAUUAACCCAGAACGGCCCCUGGAAAUACUGUACUCAGAAGCCCCACUGGACGGAGGCGGGUGCAGAAGAGACCGAAUGUGACUGCGGUUAUGUGCUCUUCGUUAAGUGUGUGUGUGAUGUGUGGAGAAUACACAGUCCAAACGCUAUGAGAGGAUCGAUCUCUGCUCCCCGUCAAUCACCAUCUUGGCCAUAUUUCUCUGACACUCAGGAUAUGGUGUUUUAGGGAGCUUCCUCAUUAGCAGUGAAGCACUUUGUAGAAAGUUCGAGAUUGAACGUUCUUUGACUUCACUGGUUGGCAGAUAUCCUGCUGCGUAACUGGGGCUUUCUACAAAUUGCUUUGCCGCUCCGAAUUUAUAGACCCUGCUUCAACUAAUGCCAGCCCCAGCAGCCUCUUGCACCUUUGCUGCCUUUGGCCUCAGCUGGAAAUGCACUUCAACGAGCUAGUGGCCACACACUUUAUUUCUUAUGCGUGCACUAGAAUUGAACACCAUGAACUUUCUUGUCAAUGGACUCUGUUCGUUUGUCAUCCAGAAGCCGGUGGGUUUUUAUCAUAGAAGCUACUGGAAGAUAAUCAUUUUCCCUCUUCUCUCCUAAAACUUUGUGUACUGCUUAGCUGUAGGAGGUUUUCUUGUAUGUGUUGGUGUUGUGGGCCUGUUGGGUAGAUUGAGCCAUUGGAAACACACUCUAAUCCCCUUGACCUUCUAGUCCUAUCCAGGUUUCAGAGACCUGUCCUUACCCACUUUUCCACACUGGGGAGACUCAGGUAUUAGGAAUUGCCCAUUGCACAUUUUGGGGGAGGACGGUGUUAGAUAAUGUAGAGGUGACACCAAGUGCUUUUCAUUUUAACUUUUUAAGCAGUAGAUGAUGAUCCUUCCCUUGGGAGAAAUCAUGGAGAUAGAGUUUUCCAUUUCUGCUUAUAUGAAGUAUGAUGAGAAUGAGCAAGGCUCCCUCUUUAACCAAAUACACUAAAACAUAAGCCCUCAAGAGUUACCAUAACCUAUUAUUUCCUCAAGAGAUCAUACUCUGGAGCUGUGAUGUUACAUAUGCCAAGAACACAUAGACUUCCUCUUUGGAAUGAUCUCUGAAGCCGUGCAAGGUAAGAGGCCUCCCAGCCUUACAGUGAGACCUCGUUUUUCACACCACCCCUCCCGAGAGGUAGUCCCAAGCUCCAUCACCCAUUUUAUUUAUCAGACUUAUCUUCUAAUGCUCUUUGGCUCUUAAAAAAAAAUCAUUCCUCAAAACAUAAAUCUACCCAUAAAGGACAAAGACCUACCAACAUUGAGGAAGCUCACAAGUGGACAGUUUCCAAGGAAGGCUCUAGAAAUAGUCUGACUUAAGGUCAGUUUCACUGGACUAAACAUCCAUCUUCCCAAGGUGACUAGUUUGAAGGCAGCAACACCUAUUUGGGUGUAUAAAUUCCUGGACUUAUUCUGCUGUAAAUGUAAAAAUGUGUAUAAAGCCAACACUGUCACAUUUUUUCACAACACAUCUAAGUAGCAAUUGGCUUUUAAAAUAUUGUGGCUAAAAGCACAUCUCACCAAGUAGUACUUAGACAACUGAAAAACGUUUGGCUCCAUGAUAUGGAGAUAUGCACUACACCAUUGUAGUCUAAAUGCAGUCCAGCGUAGGGUGCAUGCCACUCAGUUGUAACUCUAGUAAAUUGUACGGUUGACGAAUGAUAACGCUUCACCUUUAUACAGGUUAUGACAUUUACCUUAUCUUUACCACUCAGGGUGGGUUUAGGAGGACAGUUCUAGGUCUGUUCUUGUUGAAUUGUCCAAAUGCUUUCUACGUAAACAUCUGAACUGAGUGAUGACCUUCUGGAAGCUGCAUUCACUCAUUCCCACUGUUCAGUGUAAGCCCAAUCUCCCUCCUUUAUCUCAAAGGAUACUAGCGGGCCCUGUGCUAAGCAGAGCAGCUAGAGGGUGCUUCCGGAUUUGUCAAAGGGGGCUCAUCUUCCAGCUGCUAGUGACAUCUAUAGUCAUUGGCACCAUUGCUUUUUGGCCCAGCCUAGAAGCAGAGAAAGCUGGGUCACACGCAACUCAUAGCUCCCCUCCAGGAUUUCCCCUACUGGCCAUGGGCCCUGUGAGCCUCGGUCAUGCAUCUGGGCCACACUUGUUACACCUGCCGACCAGACCUGCUGGAAGGAACGUGGGGCUCAGAGCCAGAUCCUGGUUUUGGCUCUCCCCUUAAAUAGCUCACUAACCUUGUGCAGUCAGGUAGAGUCUGCCUCCAUUUUUCCAUUCUGAUAGGGGAGAUACCUACUCUGUUUACCUCUUGGGGGUGCUUUGAGGUUGAUGCGAGUUAAUUAAUGAGACUUUGCAUCAUGUGGGAGGUGGUAGAAGAAUACCUCCCACAUCUGGUUUUAUAAGUUUCUCCUCACCCCUCCCCCGAGGGAGUUAAGAAAGAAAGAGGCCACGAAUUCUUGGCAUCAGCACAUUAAAGAGUGUCAGGGGAACCUGAAAAGGAUGCAGCUAUUCAGAGGCUUCACCGCCUGAAAGAAGGAAGGCUCUCCGUGUACUCAAACAGCCUUCUGGAUGUAUCGUAUAUAACCGGAAACUCCUGACUGUCCUAUAUCAACUAACGGUCUUCCUUGUGUAACAUAAAUUGCAGUGUCUGUACACGGUCUUCCCAUUAUCUUGAAACUGGUCGAAACUUGAAUGCCAAUAGCUCAGUCACGCAGAAUAUAUAUGAUCCUGCACUUGGGAAAAAUGUCUUCAUGCUAUCUGUCUGAUUGCUGAGGGGCAUGGGGUUGCCAGAACGUGCGUUUGGGCCUUUUAGGUCUUUAAAAUCCGAUAAAAUCCUAAGCUCUUACUGUCACCGUUGCAGACUCCCUGCACGCAGCUCAGAGGGGAUUCUGUGACAGUUGGGGGUGGGGCAAGGAGGAAAGGGAAGGAGAAAGGUCUUGGAUACUUUUGUGACAUUUCAGGGGAAGAAAUAAGAAAUUGGAUCAUUUGGAAUUCCAGGGGGAAAGAGGAAGAAGUGGCUCUUCUGUGGAUUGUUUUAAGGAAGGAAUUACGCACACAUAUUCAUUAGAAGUACGGGUCUUUGAAACUCUUCUGUAGAAAGAAAAUGAGAUGCACGGAUUCUCAUGAACCCUGAGGAAGUGGGAGAGACAUCCCCUAGCGCUUUUUAUGUCCUGAUGAAUGUUGGUCUAAGAUGAUGCAAAUCCAGUGGAGAUUGAAGCAGCUCACCGGGGGUUCCAGGAUCCCCCUGGUAACAGCUGGCCCUUCUGGAAGUUAAUGACCAGAAUGCCAUGUGCAGGCAAGCUUAGAGCCACAGCUCUCUGAGGUGGGUCUAAGGAGCCAUGUCAGACCGAAUCCAAAGGCAGUAAAACAGGGCACUUCGGCUUAAUACUUUCCUUUGCACCUGGAGGUGAGGCUACUAUUUGCUGUAAGUCUAUGCAGAUGUUCGGGGAAGAGUCCUGACAACGGUCAUCUUUGUCCCUGUCCCUGAAGUUAGUGUUGUUCCAUCUGUUGCUGCAGCCCAGCAGCAAGCCUGGUCCUAUUUUUGCCUCUGAGACUCAAGAUCAUGACUUUAAAAUGUUUCUACCUGGAGAACCCCCAUCUCAGGAAUAUGUUGUUUGAACACUUUCUUAAAACUAUAUUAUGCUUCCAUUCCAAGCCUACAGUCAGACGCUGCAGCCCUCCCUUCCAAAUGAAAAUUUUUUUCCUUCAAGCUCUUCCGUUUCUUUCUGGUGUGGUUCCUGUGCCCACGUGUGGCACUUUUCUGGGCCCUUGUGCCGGCAUCCCAACCCUGUCUGGUAGUCUCACUGUGUCAUUUCGGGUUCACUGUGGCUUUGAGGCAAUACUGGGAAAGUCACCCGUGAAGCCAGAUUUGAGGACACAGGAACAACAGCGCUUUGGACACCAGUUCAGUUCCCCAUUUUAUAGAUGGAGGAUCUGAAUCCCAGAGGCUGAGAUCAUUUAGCGAGUCAGCCACAGGGCUGGGACCCGGGCCGUCCGAUUCCCCAUUCUGGUUUAGCAUGCUGCCAGAGGUGGCUCUGUUCUUCCCUGGCGCCUAGCCCUUGCUCCCGUCCUGGGCUCACCCUCUGCCCUUUUUCCUGCUGAGCCUCUGCUCGGGAUUAACGUGGUGUUGAUGUGCCAGCUCUGAAGGGUUCAGCUCUUGGAUGGCUUGGAAAUGAGAGCCCCAGAGGUGUAUAUGAGAUUUCCAUGGUGCAAGCUGGCCUAAGGCCCGAGCCUUCAGACCGGCUAAGACCAUUUAGCCCCGCCCCACACCAUCCGUGAGAGAAAGAGGGAAGGUCCCAGCUGAGCUGGCGGAAGGCUCCCUCGGCCCCAGAUUGGCUGAUGUUUCCCCACUGCGGAACUUCUUGGAUUUGUAGAGGCUUUUAUGGGCCUCCGUGGAAGCCAAGGGCUUGAAGAGCCCAUAUUUCUCCCAUCAGGCACCCCUGCAGGGGCAUCCUGAUGGACGCACACGCUCCAGCUACAGCCAGCCACAAAGUCAAAAGUUCGCUCCCACUUGGUGCUUCAGCUCCAUGGCGCACCCGCCUGCAGCCAGCCACUGGGCUGGAUCCCUCCCUGUUGUAGCCCUCAUGUCAGCUGAGGACCACCUACCCCUCGAGAUCCAGACAAGCCUGAUAACUGGGCCUUCAGAUGUUUGCGAUUUCUAAGGCGCUUACAUUGUGGCAGCCACAGCUGACUCCAGACUUCUGCUACCUCAUUUUAAGCAACGAUGGAGUCUCAUCCCUGCAGUGCAUCAGCUGACACGAAGCUCAGUUCUGUCCCCCAUUUUCACACAACAAAAUUCAAAUGAGCCAGUGUGUGUGUGUGUGUGCGUGUGUGUGCGCGUGCAUGUGCAUGUAUGAGCACGUGUGUGCUUAUGUAUCUUUCAAAGAUGUGAGAGGAAAGGACAUUGCAGCAUCGCAGACAGGGCACUCCCAUUCAUUAAAUGUUCUUUUGAUACGCUACAGAGGAAUCCAUAACCUUCCACCCCACAAGUACCUGUCUCCCUUCUUGGGACAGACCCAAUUCAUUUACAUUCUCUUGUACAGCAGCAUAGUCAGUCCUUUCCUUAAUUUGAUUCCUGCCAAUGCCAUUACCUUUAAGAUUUCCCCUUCUCUAACAGGUGGCUUAUUUAAAAAAAAAUUUUUUUUUAAUGUUUAUUCAUUUAUUUUGCAAGAGAGAAAGAGUUUGAGCAGGGGAAGGGCAGAGAGAGAGGGAGAGAGAAUCCAAAGCAGGCUCCAUGCUGUCAGCACAGAGCCCGUUGCAGGGCUCGAACUCAUGAACCGUGAUAUCAUGACCUGAGCUGAAACCAGGAGCCAGCCACUUAACUGACAGAGCCACGUGGGUGCCCCACCAGUGGCUUAUUACAGGUAUUUUCCUAAACAAAGAUGGCUCCCUCCUCAAGAGAAACUCGAGUGUCAUCUCCCAAGGUGAUAUUUCAUUCCCACUCUGCUAGCCAGGCAUCACCACGACUGGCUGUCAGGAUCGUCACGCUUUAUGGAAGGCAGCACGAACUCCCGUCCGUGGCGCCAGUUUGAGUUAGACAUCCCCAGUUCAAACCCUGACUCGAUAACUUCUAGCUUGGGAGACCUCGGGAAAGUCGCUUAAUCUUGCCAAACCUUUGUUUCUCUACCUAUAAAUGCAAUAAAUAAACACAAUCUUGAGUGUGGAGCACUUGACCACAUGCCUAGCCUUCAGCAGCUUCCUUUCCUCUUGCUUCCUCCACCGUCAGCAGUCACAAACAGCUCCUGGCGGUGACCGUGGCUCUGUGCCAGGAGAUAAAAGCUGGCAGACAGCAGCUUUCCAGCUGGGAGGGCGAGGAGGGCCGGCAGCUGCUCAAGCAUGCCGUGGCUUAGGCUUAAUAAUUGGAAGGCCCCCUCCAUGCUUGAGAUGAUGCUAUAGUGUAAGAUGUAGGUGGUGUAUUUGGCUUAGGCUUGUAUUUGAAGGAAAGGCUGCCUCGGACAACUGGGAGGCUGGAAAGCUGCUGAGCAGCCUGACCUUGGAUGAUUUAGCACCUGGUUUGCUUGGCUUUUCCUGUAUUAGGUUUGCUGGCCUUGCAUCAAAUGGAGGGAGGAGGUGCCAGGGACUUGAAUGAAAUCUGUCAAACAGAGGGUGAGGGGAGUGCAGAAGGCCAGGGUGGCGCGGGGCACUCCUAUAGCCCAACGGCACCAUCUGGACUUGGCAGGGAUGACAGCCCUGAGAUCAGAUGGGGAAGCAGCCGAUACAGUGGCUAAAGUCCCGCUGACCUGGGCCUGUCCUGAAUGAGACUCCCAUAAUCUCCUGUCUACAAGGAACGCUCGUCUCCUGAAAGGGGAGCUGGGGCUCUCGAGCCCUCUGCUGAACUAACAAAGGUCUCUGUGAAGACAGGAUCGGGCAGGUCGCUGGUUCCUUUUAGUCCCACCCAGAAGUCCCCCAGAGUGCCAGCGGUGUGCUGGAGCCGGCCCAUAGUGGCCCGUGAGAGGAAUUUGGAGAGCUGGUUUUUAAACACGGCCAUCAUUAAACAUUAAAUUCUAUAAACCUACAAUUAAAGUAUAUUAAAAACAUAGGUGAUAAGUACUCAAAACUCAUCACUUCCUAAUUAUUUUACUACAUUUUGCCAUUCUCGAUGCUCUUGAGGUUACGCUGUCCGUUGUAUCUGUGUGGUGGAAACGCCAUGUAACGAAUGGCGAGCUGCUUGCGCGUCUCUUCAAACGCCCCCCAUUCAGGGACAUCACGUUGGCCACUUGAAAUCAGCCGUGGUGGGAUAUGUCUGCCACAGAGAUGCAUAUCCAGUCGUUCCCCCCCGGAGGGCUGGUUGUUCAACAUUUGUCAGUACACCACUGCCACGGGGUGACGGAGAAAGAAACUGAGCCAUGUAAGCAUUGGCACGCCUGACCCCAGGGAGGUGGCCUGUGUGAUGUAUUUCUCAGAAGCGAGUGUGCUGGUCUACUGUGCAGAGCUGGUAAAGGAAAACACUCGAAAACGCUGCUUCUCCGCCUGUUUUGUCUUGCCUCUGUUUGUCACGCGUGAGCAAGGUGUUUAGUUUGCUCCUAAACUGAACGGAGUCAUGUGUAGGUUCUGUCUCAGUGUGGGCUGUGCUUCAGUUCCCUCCAGGAAAGUGCGUUCGGUUCCUCCACCCUAAGUGACAAACUGGAAAAUGUGCUAUAAGGGACGUACCUUAACUAGGCACCAAAGGAGCUCAUUUCCAAGUGGUUUCUACAGCAAUAACAAUGUUAACUUCUCCGACAGGGAAGAAAUCAUUCCUAAAUGACUGUUUUGCUGUCUUUGCUUUUUAUUAAAAUUAGUACUGUGGGACAAAA